CAUGCUGCUGCCAGGUUCAGAGUCUCUCAUGGGUCCCUGUACGGCCUCCCCAUAUGCUGCUGUCUCCAUCGCCACACUCUGCCAUGUGCCACUUUCAGGUCUCCUCACACAAUGCUGGUGUGUUCCAUUUUUUGUCAUAGGGUGCUGGCAGAUUACGGGCCUCCCAUAGCUGCUGCCAGGCCCCUGUUAUCUGCCAAUGGGCCCCUAUACCGCCUCCUCAUGCUGCUGCCAGGUCCAGAGUCUCUCAUGGGUCCCUGUACGGCCUCCCAUUGCUGCUGUCUCCCAUCGCCACCCACUCUGCCAUGUGCCACUUUCAGGUCUCCUCACACACUGCUGGUGUGUUACCAUUUUUUUGUC